AUGAUUGAAUUGACGGAGCAGGAGCUGGAUAGUGACCCAUUGGAUGUGUUUACUAUUACCAGAAAGGUCGGAGAAGGCUCGUAUGGGUCUGUUCAUAAAGCUAUAUACAACCGCACAGGACAGGCAUGUGCAAUCAAAAAAAUCCCAAUCGAGAAUGAUUUAGAACAAAAUAUCAAAGAGAUUCAUACUAUGACGACAUUUGCGUCCGACUAUGUUGUGCAGUAUUAUGGCAGUUACUUUCUCGAGGAUGAGCUGUGGAUUGUUAUGGAGUUUUGUGCUGCUGGAUCUGUAUCCGACGUAAUGCGGCUUUGUGAUAUGUGUUUGGAAGAAGACAUGAUUGCUGUGAUUUGUCAAUAUGUACUUCGUGGUUUGUGCUAUUUGCACGAGAUUCGAAAAAUUCAUCGGGAUAUCAAGGCUGGAAAUAUCCUUUUAAAUGAGCAUGGCGAGGCUAAACUUGCUGAUUUUGGAGUAACAGGCCAGCUAACUGAUGCUGCGUCUAAGCGAGUAACUGUGAUUGGAACACCGUUUUGGAUGGCACCCGAGGUCAUUCAAGAAGACGGAUAUGGCACCAAUGCUGAUAUUUGGUCAUUGGGAAUUACAUGUAUAGAAAUGGCAGAAGGGAGACCUCCAUACUACAAUCUACAUCCAAUGAGAGCAAUUUUUAUGAUUCCAUCCAAACCCCCACCCAAGCUUGAAGCCGAAAACGAUUUUUCUGAAGGAUUUCGUAAAUUUAUUGCUAGGUGUUUGACAAAGAAUCCAGCACAGCGACCCUCUGCCAAAGAGCUGUUGGAGGUGAGUAGUGCUCUGAUGAGUUUGUUUAAAUAUCCAGUUUUUGAAUCUCACUCUACUUGA